AUGACCAGUGAACGCAAGUCGGCUUCUGAAAACCCAGCCAAGGAGCCUGGCCCCAGCUCGUCGGACAGCAUUUGCGGCCGGCCCAAGAUCGAUCCUGACAUCGCACACGCUGACCAGGAGAUCUCGAAGGACGAAGAGCCCGGUCCUUCCACGAGCACGCCGAGCGCGGCCACGGAUCGCAGACCAUCGGCGCAUCUGGACUCGGAGCAUCCGGAUGACCGCACGCUGCCUUCGCUCGCGCAUCAGACCUCGACACUGCUCAACUGGUCCAUCCUCGAGCAGCUGCGGCUGAGCAACGAGAUUUAUGCCGAGAUGGCAAGGAUGCAGCGUCUCCAAACCCUCAUGCAGAUCGGCGCGAUGCCCGGAGCUCCUAAUGGUGUCGGCGCAGAUUACUACAUGAACCUUCUGCGAGGUAUUCCGCGAGCCCAAGCGCCCGACUCUAUUCUUGGCCCAGAAGCUACCAGGAGCUGGGAUCGACUUUCUUCGCCGAACCAGUAUCUCAUGCAGGCUGCUUCCGGCUUGAGCUUUGCACACGAGAGCAUUCCCGCCCCUCGAUCCAACGCUGUCACCGGGGCUUUUGCGGCAGCCGAGAAAAAGCUGACAGACUCUAUCGAAGAAUCCGCCGCUAGAGACCGAGCCUGGAAAGACGUGACGGACAAGGCCAGACAGGAGCUGCGCGACCGAAAUCGCCAUUCCGGAGCCGAAGCACGAGGAGAUCGACCUGAAGCGCUCUCACCUUGA